AGCUCCGGCCUCGCUCGCCUCUGCUGCGGGCCCCGAGGACGCGGGGUCCCGGCCCCGCGCUGGCCGCGCUGCUGCAGGUGCGCACGGCCCCCGGCACGCCUCCCAGGCACCAUGGACUGGAAGACUCUUCAGGCCCUCCUGAGCGGGGUCAACAAGUACUCCACGGCAUUCGGGCGCAUCUGGCUGUCAGUGGUGUUCGUCUUCCGCGUGCUGGUGUACGUGGUGGCCGCGGAACGCGUGUGGGGGGAUGAGCAGAAGGACUUUGACUGCAACACCAAGCAGCCAGGCUGCACCAACGUCUGCUAUGACCACUUCUUCCCCAUCUCCAACAUCCGCCUCUGGGCCCUGCAGCUCAUCUUUGUCACGUGCCCCUCGCUGCUGGUCAUCCUGCACGUGGGCUACCGCCAGGAGCGCGAGCGGAAGCACCGCCUAAAACACGGUGACCAGUGCGCCAAGCUGUACGACAAUGCAGGCAAGAAGCAUGGCGGCCUGUGGUGGACCUACCUGCUCAGCCUCAUCUUUAAGCUCGUCAUCGAAUUCCUCUUCCUCUACGUGCUGCACACUCUCUGGUAUGGCUUCGGCAUGCCACGCCUGGUGCAGUGCGCCAACGUGGCACCCUGCCCCAAUAUCGUGGACUGCUACAUUGCCCGGCCUACUGAGAAGAAGGUCUUCACCUACUUCAUGGUGGGUGCCUCUGCCGUCUGCAUCGUGCUCACCAUCUGCGAGAUCUGCUACCUCAUCUUCCACAGGAUCCUGCGAUGCAUGAGCAAGAACAGGUCCCCAGGGGGCCGCAGCCCCCCGUCCUCCGCCCGCCGGGCCUCCACCUGCCACUGCCACCACAAGCUGCUGGUAGAGGCUGGGGAGCUGGGCCUGGACCCUGCUGAUGACAAGCUACGUGCUUCAGCACCCAGCAUGACCGCCAUCUGACCACGGGCUGGGGAGCGAGACUGGGCUGCCAGAGGGGCCAGGCAGGGCGGUAUUGUGCCGGUGGAGGGUCCUAGAGGUGCUGGGUGCGCCCACUUUAAAUUCACUAAACUAUCCAAUUGCAUUUUGGGCAGAUAUUUUUUGAGCACUGGGCUCUGUGCUGUCUACUUGGGUAUAGGGUACAGGCCCAGUGCCAGCCGGUGGAUGAGACAGACAUUGAAACAAACAAAUUAACUUCUGCACGCAAAGGGACACUUAGGGGGCUCAUAGCAGGGCUUCUCCCUAACCCAGGAGGGGGCGAUCAGGCGAGGCUUCCCUUAGGAAAUAAUGUUUAAGAGAGGUGAGAAGUGCUUCCUAGCAGAGAAAACAACAGGUGCAGAGGCCUGGAGGCCACAAAAAGAGAUGCUUGCCCUGUGCUGGAUGCAUCGGACCAAAGGGAAUCUGGGUCACCACUGCCCUCACGGGAACGCCCCCUCCCCCCAAACCCUACUCCCCCAGCCUCAGGCAGCUUUGCUCCCAUCUUCCUCCCUGCAAGUGUUGUCUGGUGCCAGCCUUUCAGGCCCUGCUCCUAGGGAUUCAGGGUGGAUGUGCUGAUAGGAACGUCACCAAGGCAGUUUCCUUGAAAUCAAUAGAGGCUGUGUUUUUACAGGUUGA